UGGCCGACAGUUGAUUUGGUCAUCAACUUUCUUGAUCUACCUCAACAGCUGUGAGUCUAAACUUGCAGCCCCACUGUUGUACUGACUCAUAGUCAGUAGGAAAAGGGGACUUGAAUCUAGGACAGAGCAGUCUGGCCCAUUUCCCUUCGAACCAGAGGUACAGAUCUACGACAGGGGGAGAGAAGACACUAGUCUUAGGCGGAGAGAGAAAAGGAGGACAGACUUUGUGGGAAGCUUGCUGCACUCACUGAGGAAAGAAGCCCCUGGGACACAGACCAGUGUGUUCACAUUGCAAAACAGUCAUUUUUAAAGAUUUGUUGCAUCUUAUCAGAGGAAGAAUAUUCACUGAGCAGAAAUCUCAUCAGCUGGAAACAUGCACAAGCGCACCAAGAUAAAGAUUGCCAUUUUUGUGCUGAUUGUGGGUAUGGCUUGCAUGUUCACUGCGGUGGUAACGGACCACUGGGCAGUGCUCAGCCCACGGGUGGAUAAAGUCAAUCAGACCUGCGAGGCGGCCCACUUUGGCCUGUGGAAGCUGUGCAAGAAGUACAUCUAUAUCAGCGAAGAAAACUUUGUACAGGGGCAUGGCUGCGGACCCAUCAGCCUGCCUGGAGAGGAAAACUGCACUUACUUCAGACACUUCACUCCAGGGCAGGAUGCUGAGAUAUUUGAUUAUAAAACACAAAAAGAGUACAACAUCUCGGCUGCAGCCAUCUCUAUCUUCAGUCUAGCCUUCAUGAUCCUUGGCUCUCUGUGUCUGGUGGGAUCAUGUACCGGCAAAGGCAAAGGAAGAGACUACCUCCUUAAACCUGCUGGCAUGUUUUUCGCAUUUGCAGGUCUCUGUUGCUUCAUCUCACUGGAGGUGAUGCGUCAAUCAGUAAAACGCAUGAUUGAGAGCGAGGAAACAAUCUGGAUCGAAUACUACUACUCCUGGUCCUUCGCUUGUGCCUGUACUGGAUUUGUCCUCCUCUUUCUCACUGGCUUUGCCCUCCUGCUUCUCUCAAUGCCGCAGAUGCCUAGGAAUCCUUGGGAGACUUGCAUGGACGCCGAGCAGGAUCAAGUCGAGUGAUGACGGACAGAUAACAGGAUUUGAGGAGAGUGACUGUGUCUAUUGUUUUGAGUUCAUAUUCAAGUAUAAGUUGAUUUCAAGAACAAGAGUUGGCAAUAUAAGGGUCAUGAUGACUGAAACGGGUUUGGGGUGUGGAUGGACCAUAGCAAGGAAGGGAAAUGUACCUCACUUCAAUUAUAAAGCAACUGGAAUAUGGGGCAUUUUCGGAGUUAUGAAUGUCCGCCAUAUCAUGUAUGUCCAACCAAAGCGUAAAAUAUAGCAAUCCACUUCGGUGUGGUUCAUGUUAGAGAUCACAACUUAAAUCUGACAUGAGGCCUCAAAACCACCAUACCACAAAGAGUCAAACAGCCCUUUUACAUCUGUUUUACUCCUUUACUGCUGGCAUAUUCAAAAGAAAAAAUGUAAAAAUGAGAACAAUUAUUUGUCAAAAUUAUUCAUUUAAAAUGUCACUGUUUUGUAAGAUGGAUAUAACAUCAUUAUGCCCAACUUAGAUAAAAACACAUUAUUGUUAAUAGAUUCAUUGACAUUUUAAGAAUAUAGUUCAUACAGUUAAGACCAGAUAUCUACAGUAGCUGAUAUGAUGUACUGCGUAUGUUAUUUUGUAGAUAUCUAAUGUUCAUUUGUAGAUUUUUGUAUGGGAUCGCUCAAGGAAUCACUCACUUACUAGAAGUAUCAACUAAAUGUGAUAGAUUGAGAUUUAUGUUUCCAAAUGUUACAUUUUAUAUUUCUAAGAUUUGAAAAUCAAAGCAAGUCCCAUUAAAAUAAGAACUUUUUGAAAAACUGAUUUCAGGCAAGGCAGAUGCACAGAGCAGGUUUGUGUGUGUGGCAGGCUGAAUGCUAAACACCCACACACUCUGUGUGUUGGAAAAGCUUCAGCUCUAGCAGGUGCACAUACAAUGCCUUUUACUUUUUAUGUUGACCGCUUACAAACCAAACUGAUACAGAAAAUGCUCUGUUCUUUGCAUGCGUCAUGACCCAAUUGAAACAGAUUGGUAUUUGCAUCAAACAUUACUGUUGCAUUACUGCACAUCAAGUGAGUUAUUUCCCAAUGCGAGUAUACAUUUCUCUUGCAACUGAUUUCAGUUUUAAAGAUGGAUAAUUUCCUAAAACCAUGUUAACUCUACAUAAUACUUUUUCAUAUGACAUUCAAAAUGUGGGCUAUUGCUGCUUUGCUCCAGUUUGGUCAAAGGAGCAGCAAAACCUAUUUGAGUGAGAGGCUUUGCUUACUGGGCCUUCACACCAUUUGCUAUUGUAUAAACCUUUUUUUCCCCCCUGUGUAAGUCACGGCUGUACUAUAGCUGUGGGUAUUCUGAGACAAACUGCAAUUCUCUCAACCAGACUUUACUCUGCACAUCACCACCUACUGUAUAUCAUAGCUGCUGCCUUGCAUAUGGAGGUGAACAGUUUAUGUACAAAACCUGCAGCUAUUAGUGAGAGCCACCAUCAACGUUGUAGGCUUGUUCAGUGCAAGUCUGUUUAAUUGGUUUGUUGUAUUUAUUUUUGACUGACUUGUAAGAUUUGCUUGACAAAACAAAAUGGAAUAUCUAUUGUAGUGGUAAGACAAAAAGUAAUUUCUAUAUCUUUUUUUUUUUUUCUUUGAAUAUUGAAUGAUUUUGAAUGCAGUAUAUUCUGAGUGUUUCUUAUGGGCUAUUUCUUUGUAACCAAAAAUAAAUCUUGAUAAGCUUUUUUUCUGAAA